GCUCCACUCGCGACCGUUGAACAUCAAAUUCUUCUUCAGACAAAUUCGAACAUAAUCAAUUUUACCAAUUUUCAUAAAAGUCAAGAGAACUGUUCCUGCUUAUAAAAAACAACAACUGUUCCUUCCUUCGAAUAUAUUAUGUUUGCUAAAUUAUUCCAUAAGUCCCCUCAAUCCCAAACCGCAACCCCUUCUUCCCAGCCGGAUGUUGCGCGUGAAAGCAUGGCAUCAUCAGAAUUUGCACCACGUGUUGCUGUUCAUUAUGGCAUCCCAUCAACUGCAUCAAUUCUUGCGUUUGACCCAAUCCAACGCCUCUUGGCAAUAGGGACUCUGGAUGGAAGGAUUAAAGUGGUUGGUGGUGACAACAUUGAGGGACUUCUUAUAUCUCCCAAAGCCCUACCCUUUAAGAACCUAGAGUUCCUGCAAAACCAAGGGUUUCUGGUGAGUGUCUCCAAUGAGAACGAAAUUCAGGUCUGGGAUCUAGAGAAGAGGCGUCUCUCUUCAAAUAUGCAAUGGGAGUCCAAUAUAACUGCAUUUGCUGUUAUAUCUGGUACCAAUUUCAUCUAUGUUGGUGAUGAGUAUGGGUUCGUGUCUGUGCUCAAGUAUGAUGCUGAAGAAGCAAAUAUUCUUCAAUUGCCAUACCACGUCCCUCCAAAUCUUAUUGCUGAAGGAGCUGGGGUUUCAUUGCCUGAUCAUCAGUCUGUUGUUGGUGUACUCUCCCAACCCUGUUCAUGCGGGAAUAGGGUUUUGAUUGCAUUUGAGAAUGGGCUGAUUAUUUUGUGGGAUGUUACUGAAGAUAGAGCUAUUCAUGUUAGAGGCUAUAAGGAUCUGCAACUGAAAGAGCGUAUGGUUGUGAAGUUUUCGAAUAAUGAGAGCCAUACCUACCUGAAUGAUGCACUAGAUAAUGAAGAAACAGAAAAGGAAAUAAGCUCUCUCUGUUGGGUGUCUCCUGAUGGGUCAGUAUUAGCUGUUGGUUAUGUGGAUGGAGAUAUUUUGCUAUGGGACCUAUCAGUUUCUGACAAUGGUAAAGUUCAGAGAACUCAAAAGCCACCUAAUGAUGUUGUUAAGAUACAGCUAUCGUCGGCCGACAGAAGACUUCCUGUCAUUGUUCUCCACUGGUCUCCCAAGAAAGCUCAAAAUGGUUCUGGAGGUCAACUUUUGGCCUAUGGUGGGACAGACAUGGGAUCUGAAGAAGUACUAACGAUCCUCGAUCUUGAUUGGUCUUCUGGGUUAGCAAAGUUGAAGUGCAUCGAGCAUGUUGACCUUAGACUCCAUGGAUCUUUUUCAGAUGUUCUUGUCAUAUCAAAUUCUUAUAAGGCGCAGAACAAAAUGGCUACAUCAAUAUUUGUAUUGACCAAUCCAGGACUUCUGCAUUUCUACGAAUAUGCUUCUCUGUCUACCCUAAAACCUGAGAGAGGAAAGAAUCAUUCUGUGCAUGCAUUUGAAUAUCAUUCAGUUAUACCCACAGUGGAACCAUAUAUGACUGUGGGAGAGCUAUUUAUGAUGAGUUCAGAAAGAAACAAUUUUUAUGCACUCUCAGAGACAGUUGCACCUGCAAAACAACAAUCAGAAACGCUGACUGGCAGGAGCACAAAGUGGCCUCUGACAGGUGGCGUUCCUUAUAGAAUAUCAGAAACUGAAUGCAAUACUAUCAAGAGAAUAUAUAUAGGAGGGUAUCAAGAUGGAUCUGUUCGAAUUUGGGAUGCCACAUUUCCGGUUCUGUCACUUGUUUCUGUUUUAGGAUUUGAGAUAAAGGGCAAUGAAGUUGCUGGUGCAAAUGCGCCGAUAUCAGCUUUGGAUUUAUGUUCUGCUAACUUAACUUUAGCUAUUGGCAAUGAAUUUGGUGUUAUUUUCCUUUAUAGGUUACAUGGAAAUUCAGAUCAAAGAGCCGUUACCAUCGUAACUGAAACCAAACAUGAAGUGCAUGAUUACCUACCCAAGGAGAGAAAUGCUUGUUCUACCAUAUAUUCCAUACUUACUUCUGCUGUGGCUGCCUUACAAUUUGCAACUUCUGGCAUCAGACUUGUUGCUGGAUUUGAGUGUGGAAAGGUUGCAGUGCUUGAUACUAGUUCACCUUCAGUUUUAUUUGUUACAGACUCUGUGUCUAGCUUGAUGUCACCAGUCAUUUCUGUGGCUAUUAAAACUUCACCUGAUACUUAUGAGAAUAGUGCAAACAACUCUGAUGAUGGAACUGGAAGUGAAUCAGCAACAGAGAUCAUUCUUUUCUUGAUGAGAGAUGCACACAUGGUCUUGAUGGAUAGUACCACAGGGAAUAUGAUCAGUUCACCGCCAGUGCGUCCAAAAGAAAAUUCGAUUGCAAUAAACAUGUAUUUAUUAGAAUUGAAGCAUCCUCACCCAGAAGGGUCCAGAAAUGAUUCAAUUAUGUCUUUCCAGCAUAUAGAAGCUAUGCAGAGUGAUUUAUCAAAAGUCGAAGAAGCUAUGCAGCGCACAAAUUUAGAGCACAAGACCCUGGCAUCUCAGAUUUUACUCUGUUGUGAGGAUGCUUUUUACUUUUACCCAUUAAAGUCUUUGAUUCAGGGGGAUCAUAAUUUUGUCCGCGAAUUGAAACUUGAGAAACCAUGUUCUUGGACUGCAAUCUGCAACAGAGACACAGAAAAAUAUGGAAUCAUAAUAGUUUAUCAAAGUGGAGAUAUUGAAAUAAGGUCUUUACCAGAGCUUCAACUGCUGGGCAACACGACUAUGAUGUCACUACUAAGGUGGAACUUCAAGAACAAUAUGGACAAGACAAUGAGCUCUUCUGACAAAGGGCAGAUUACCCUGGUCAAUGGAGGUGAAUUUGUUUUUGUAUCUCUUUUGGCAUUUGAAAAUGAAUUCAGGAUGCCCGAGUCAUUACCUUGCCUACAUGAUAAAGCCCUCGCAGUUGCUGCAGAUGUGGACGUGAAUUUCUUCCAAUACCAAAAGAAGGCACAGAGUGGUAUGCCUGGAUUUGUUAGUAAUGUGAUAAAGGGGUUGAAAGGGGUUAAAGAAGAGCAGGAUAUCAACUAUAAGGAAGCUCGUGAAAUUCUGAUUGCACAUCUGGAAAAAAUAUUUUCAAGGUUUCCGUUCUCUGAUCCCUAUAAUUCAUAUGAUCUAGAAGAUAUGGAACUUCAAAUAGAUGACGUUGACAUAGACAUUGAUGAACCUGUUGUUGUGGUUUCAUCCUCACAAAAGAGCAGUGAUCAUAUGAAAGCAAAGGAAAGUGAGAGGGAAAAAUUAUUCGAAGGCAGUUCCACUGAUGUUAAACCAACAACUCGGACGCGUGAAGAAAUCAUUGCAAAAUAUAGGAAGACGGGGGAUGCAGCAGGUGCAGCAUCAGAAGCUAAGAAUAAACUUAUGGAACGCAAGGAGAAACUUGAGCAACUCAGCAGACAGACUGCAGAGCUCCAAAGCGGUGCUGAGAACUUCUCAUCGUUGGCACAUCAGCUUGCUAAGAAUAUGGAAAAACGUAAGUGGUGGAAUUUAUGACUGCAUACAUCACCUGAUCUUCCUGGCUGGAAUCAAUCUUUUAUAAGGCUAGAAAUUUUACAGAUAUUAUGACGUAGUUGGUUUGCGUUUGAAGUCGGAUUAUUGUAUGGUCGAUUUGUUCAGUACUCGUAAUUUAAAUCGUGAUGAGUGCAAGUUAUUAUGUGAUUAAUUACAUCUAUACUCUUUUAAAAGUGCAAUUAUAUUUUUCUCUAUUUACGGUUAUUA